AACAGGAAGGUUUGUUGAUGCCGGAUGCAAGCUCGACGCUGCCCUUGUGUUUUUUUGUUUUUUUUUUCUUGUAACAAGUGAAAAACAUGGUGCAAGCGUGUUGUGUUAUCAACUGCCACAAUCGUUCACGCGAUCGCUUCGGGAAUAAAAAGGAUGGGGGGAGAUUUUUCUCAUUUCCGACGUGGAAGCAAAGCCAAGGAGCUGUGAUCUGUGAGCUAACAAAGAGACGCCGAAUGGCCUGGAUAGCAGCCGUGAGACGACCAAACAUCACUUUCAACGCCAUCAGCCGACACAUGUUGGUGUGUUCACGGCAUUUUCACACUGGGAGACCUGCUAAUGAAAUGGAUGAAAGCCAUCCAGACUGGGCACCCUCAUUACAUCUCGGACACACGGAGGUGAAAGCUGCAGAUAACGAGAGACUACAGAUAACAUUGCACGAGGAGGAACUUUCUCCAACAAGAGAGGAGAACGAGCGACUACGACAACAACUGGAAGAUGUUUGCAAGACGCAGGUUGUCCUGCAGGUUGAAGACAUCCAGCAGCUGAUUGGUGGUCAAGAAGAAUGUCCCCCCCAGCCACAGGGGGGGAGCUCCACUUUGGAGCAGCAGGGGCCAGAGCCUGUUAAAGAGGAAGAGGAGAAGGCACAGCCCCCCUGUGUUAAAAAGGAAGAGGAUGAACUCUUGAUCACUCAGGAGGGAGAGCAUCUUGUAGGAUCGAAGGAGGCUGGUUUUGUCAGGUUGCCACUGACUGGUGUCUCUGUGAAGACCGAAGACCAUGAAGACAAACCACAGCUUCAUCAUAGUCCAAGUGAGGAGAAGAGAGAGGCGGAGCCUUCAAGCAGCAGCUCAACACAACACAUGACAACAGAAGCUGAUGGAGACCACUGUGGAGGAUCACAAGCAGACAACCUCUUAGCUCCACUGUCAGAUAGUGACGACAUAACGUCAGGUGAUAUGAUGACUCACACUGACAACAAACACUCUGAAUGCUCUGAAAAGAAGGCAGGUAAAAAACAUUUCAACUGCUCAGUUUGUGAUAAAAGAUUUUCUCUUAAACGUUGUUUGACUCGACACAUGGGAACGCAUACAGGAGAAAAACAUUUUAGUUGCUCACACUGUGGUAAACACUUCAUUCAGAACUCAGACUUGAAAGCACACAUAAGAACGCACACAGGAGAAAAACCUUUCACUUGCUCAGACUGCGGUAAAAGCUUUGCUCGAAACUCAGACUUGAAAACACACACGAGAAUGCACACAGGAGAAAAACCUUACAAUUGCUCAGACUGUGGUAAAAGCUUCACUCACAAAGCAAAUAUGGUAUCACACAUGAGAACACACACAGGAGAAAAACCUUUUAUUUGCUCAAGCUGCAAUAAAGGUUUCACUCAAAAGAUGCAAAUGUUAUCGCAUAUGAAAACACACACAGGAGAAAAACCUUUUAUUUGCUCAGAGUGUGGUAAAAGCUUCACCCACAAAGCAAAUUUGGGAUCACAUAUGAGAACACACACAGGAGAAAAACCUUUUAGUUGCUCAGACUGUGGUAAACGUUUCACUGAUAAGGCAAAUAUGAUAACACACAUUAGAACGCACACAGGAGAAAAACCUUUUAGUUGCUUAGACUGUGGUAAACGCUUCACUCACAAAGUAAAUAUGGUUAUCCACAUGAGAACACACACAGGAGAAAAACCUUUUGCUUGCUCAAACUGUAUGAAAAGUUUUGCACAAAAGGCAACUUUGGUAUCACAUAUGAGAACACACACGGGAGAAAAACCUUUUAGUUGCUCAAAUUGUGGUCACACAUUUCAUUGGAAGUCCUCCUUGAAAAGACACAUGCAGAUUCACUGAUGGUUGAGCAGGGGUGUCAAACGCACUGAAGCAGAUGAUUUCCAUGAUUGGCACCUCCUUCAGUUUGAGGGAAGGAGCUCCGUUAAUUCAAUCACCUGCCAGAGGAACUGGUUGGAGAGAAAAUCUGCAGUGUCUCGGCCCUCCAUCUACAGCAGUGGUCUCAAACCCGCGGUCCACGGGCCAUUUGCCGCCCACCAAAUCGUAUCUUGCGGCCCGCGACUGGACAUCAGAGUAGUGUAACUGCAGCCCGCCACAUCUGGGCAAGCUCAGUGUUACUUCCAUGCUUCCAGGGGCAAGUAAACACCAACACUGCACUAACAGUGGUGUUAUCACAUGGACCGGGGGAGGGGUGGCCCUUUAGCGUUAUUGUGAACUCUCCCGAACUCUACCUCCAGUGGCCCCCAGUGAAAUUGAGUUUGAGAACCCUGAUCUACAAUGUCAUUCAUUCAUUCAUUCAUUCAUUCCUUUCCCAUGCCGCAUAAUCCUCAUUAGGGGUGUGGGGGUAUGCUGGAGCCUAUCCCAGCUGACUUUGGGCAAAAAGCGGUGUACACCCCAGACUGGUCACCAGCUAAUCGCAGGGCUGGAAAUUAGUGAUAUUAAUCCUUUUAGUGGCUUGAGUUAGUUACGAGUGAAGACAAGCAGCAUAGAAAAUGGAUGGAUGGAGUUAGUUGUGAGUCAUUGAAGUGAAUCGAGUACUCAAGUCACAGAUGAUUCCAUUUGAUUUUGCUCAAACAAUUGUAUGUAAUAAAAGGGAAUAAUUAUAUACUUUUGUUGUCUCUGCUCUGUUUUUUCUCCGCCACCG